UAAGAUAACAAGUUUUCCAGAAUGUACAGACAACUUAUGGGCCUUUGGCAGCUUUCCAGGCGAACUAUUACCAGCAGUGCCCGCAGACAGAUUGACAACACUGUGAAGGAAAAACAAAAGCUGUUCCAGGAGAAUAACGGUAUGCCUAUCCACCUGAAGGGCGGGACAAAGGACGCUCUGCUCUACAGAGCCACAAUGACACUCACUGUGUUUGGGAGUGGAUAUGUGGUGUACGAGCUUUUUACUGCUGCGAUGCCCAAGAAGCCACAUUGAAACAGGGUUGGGUUUAUUUAUUUGAUAAAACAAUCAUGCACAAGUGACGUGUCGUUUGUCAACUCUGUGUCUCUGGGAGAAGUAUCUGUCCUGUCAAUAAUAUCAGUAUGUUCAAUGUUUGAAUCCUUUAUUGAUUGUAAAAAUCAUGAGCUGCAAAUAAUAAAAAGAUAAAUCUUGUGAAA